UUCUAAUUGCGUUUGUAGUUUCGUUUGUGGACGGACUGUUGUCUACGUGGUUAAGACGGUUUCACUCUUGUGUCUUUGACCCACAACAGCCAAACGCUACACAAGUUACGACAUUGCAACAGGACGAGAAAAAGAAGGUCAGCCGAACAUGCAAUGACUUACUGCCCCGAGAAAUGGACUAUUUUUAGAUUUUAUUAUAAAACGUACGUCAGCGACACAAUUUUCACGACAUCUCACAAGAGCUUCAGUUUAAAAAACUGAAGAAACAUCCUGGCGGUGGAGAGGAUGUGUGUAGAGAGGAAUGCACUCUUCCCCUUUCACUGAUUUUCAUUCUUCCUGCGCAAAAGGACGUGUUUGGUGUGUAAAGCGCAUCCCGUAGAACCAGCACGAUGGUCCGGAGUCUACGGGGGAUGCCACUGAGAGAGAAUUAAAUGAGGGAGACUGGCUAUUGAUUGUUGACGCGUUUAACUCCGCCUGCUGUGUGUUUGGACUGAGCUUAGAUCAUAUGGCCAAACCCACUGAUCUAAGAUACGGUGCGAGUACCAGCCGGGGUAAGUCUAUAAAAGGCCUGGCACUUGUUAGUGGAGGGGUACAGUAAUUGGUUCUCAGCAUCUUGGUCUCAUCCUACCGGAGGAGUCACACCGCAGCUCUGCUCAUCCAAGACUAGACUACACACGCAAGGAACAAUGUCUCACGCUUGGGGUUAUGGACCAAAUGACGGGCCAGAUACGUGGGCUGAAAAUUUCCCCGUCGCUAACGGACCCAGGCAGUCUCCCAUAGACAUUAUCCCCGGCCAUGCACAGCACGACCCUGCUCUGAAACCCCUCAAACUCAAGUACGAUCCUGCCACCUCCAAAGGCAUCCUCAACAAUGGCCAUUCAUUUCAAGUGGAUUUCGCCGACGAUGACGACAGCUCAACUCUCACUGGAGGUCCCAUAACUGGAACAUACAGAUUGAGACAAUUCCAUUUCCACUGGGGAUGCAGUGAUGACCAAGGCUCAGAACAUACCAUUGCUGGAACCAAGUUCCCCUGUGAGCUCCAUCUGGUUCACUGGAAUACUAAGUAUCCCAGCUUUGCAGACGCCGCCAGCCAGCCAGAUGGACUGGCUGUGGUUGGUGUUUUCCUCAAGAUUGGUGCUGCCAAUCCAAGUCUUCAGAAAGUUCUAGAUGCUCUGGAUGCCAUCAAAUCCAAGGGCAAACAGACCACGUUUUCCAACUUUGACCCCGCGACCCUUCUCCCAGGUUCUCUGGAGUACUGGACUUACGACGGAUCCCUGACCACGCCCCCGCUGCUGGAGAGCGUCACCUGGAUCGUUCUCAGGGAGCCAAUCAGCGUCAGCCCUGCCCAGAUGGCUAAAUUCCGCAGUCUGCUCUUCAGUGCAGAUGGGGAGUCUCCUUGUCGCAUGGUGGAUAACUACAGGCCCCCUCAGCCCCUGAAGGGUCGCAAGGUCCGCUCCUCUUUCAAGUGAACAGCCGGGCUCAUGUGCCAGCCAGCCAAUCAUGGUGCUCCUAGUCUUAAGAUUGGCAGAAGUGAAGCGUUGCUUAGCAGUAGAUAGCGUUUAAAAUACCGCCCAAUCUAAGUCCCCCCUCCCAUUGCCCCGCCCUCCAAAAGCAGCCAUACAAGCACCAAUGACGUAAGGUGCUUUUCGACAUUCUGAAUUAUAUUUAGCUUGAAUUCCAACUUCUUCACUAUUAUUAUUAUUAUUAUUAUUAUUGUUGUUAUUAUUAUUCUGACAUUUUAAAUUACAUUUAUGUGCCUCUGCCUGUAUAAAUUUAUGCAGCCGACGUAUUUCGCCAUUGAUCAAUUUCGUAAUGCAUCUCAGAAAAAAAAAAAAAAAAAAGAAAAGAAAAAAUCCAAAUGAUGAAUAUUGUGAUUCCGAUGCUAAAAGCAGGAGCUUUGCAUUGACGCGGGCAGAUGAAACCUCGCGUUGGAAGUAUCUGGAGUCCUCUGGCCUUUAUCCGUUCACCACAUAAUCCCUCUGAGGCCGUGUCAGGCGCACUCCAGAUUAACAAAAAAAAAAUGCUCCCUCUCACUGCCAGGCUCUGCCGUUUUUUUUUUUUUUUUUUCUUUUUUUUUUUUCAUCUAGUUUUUGAUCAGCGCUAGCAAAACACAACACGCUGCACCUUGAAUUAA